AUGCAAAGGGAGAUGGCUCUCUCACUACUCAUCAGCUUCGCCACUGCUGUGGGCGCCUCUGAAGGCAUCAAGGCUUCCAUGGCCAGAUCGCGUCGAGAAGAGCAUCGAAGUCGAAAGAACAACCUUGUAUUGCACUGUCCCAAGUCAUCACAGUUCAGCCCUUACCUCGAAGGACGUCAAGUCGUCCUUUCUGGCGAUAGACUAUUUGUGGACACCGGCACAGCUCAUGAUGUUCCUUUCGGUCACCCGUUCGAGGGCUAUUAUCUUCCUUACCCGGACUCACGCUUCUCGGGGCUAGUGAGCACUAUUACCCAUGAGGCACCUAUCAUGAAUUGGAUAUUCGUCGAUCCCGUUACAUAUCAAGUCCGCUUUGGCAACCGUGCCAUUGCGGAUGGUAAUGUGACUGGGCCGUGGGAGUGUACUCGACAAGAUCGUAGGCUUACCUUUUGUGGAUGGGAAGGCUUCUGUGCAGUCUUGGAAGAUGGUGGUAUUUGGGGAUUAUAUUUUGACUGUGAUGGUGACAGCCUACGCCAAAAGAUGAAGCCCGAAGGACGCAUAGUCAUCGAGAUUGAGCUUAUACGAAGAGAAAUGAGGACGGGAAAGCCAGAGUAUCUCGAUCCAGAGGGGGAGGCUACAGAUCAUGAGCAAUCGACACCGCAACCGCCAACAGAUGCCGAGGAAAACUUCGUAUGUGGGCAUAAAGACGUGGAGCCAGAAGUCAAAGAGCACGAACGGUCUUCGGACAUGAAAUUCUCAAAUCACGACGACGGCAUGUUUGCAUAUGAUUUGAUAUCAGAGAAGAAUAACGUCAAGGUAUGA